AUGUGUAUAUAUAUGAAAUUCUCGAGUUGGUGAAUUAUACUCGUCCCCUCUUAACCACGCCCACGCCCCCAACCACGCCUCCUCCCCACCCCUACCUCCCGAAAUCGGAGGUUUCAAGGUUGGCAAGUAUGGUUAUUGCUGUGUUACUGUUUUAAUAAUGACUACCUGGAAAAUACUAUUUGAUAUGAUUACUGUGUUCGUCGUGGCCAGUGACUGUAUUGCGCCCUCUAGCGGUCAUCUGCAAGGGGUUGCUUUGCGCAUGUCCGAGCCAAUACGGUUCUCGCGCAUCCUUCAGCCUCCAUCACUCUGCCUCCCGCCAGGUCGCGGCACCGCCAGAGAGGACGAUGCUGACAGGACGAAUUGUGACGUCAUGAUCUCACGUCCAUGGACUCGUCCCCCAACACCGUAGAGCUCCAAGAGCUGCGCAGCACCAGCGGGGGGUUCCGGAACGCUUCGUACCAGCCGGACGAGGAGGCGUUGCAGCAGCAGGGGGCGACCAGCUGUCCUCCUUCCACCGCAGGAAGCUGCAAGGAGCUCUCGCCUCGCUCCUGCGACGAGGAUGGCCUCCACAACGAGGGUCAGGACCUGACCGAGUUCCGUCGCCAUGACGACGGAGCCGGCGACUCGGGUUUUCUGGUGGCCCUGGUGCUGCUGCUGAGCGGCAUCGUCCUGGUGGUGAUCGCCUACACCGUUCCCAGGGAGGCCAAGGUGGACCCGGACUCGGUGUCGGCCCGUCAGAUGGAGCAGCUGGAGAUGUACUACGCCCAGCUGGGCUCCCACCUGGACAAGUGCAUCAUCGCCGGCUUGGGCCUGCUCACGCUGGGCGGGAUGUUCCUCUCCGUGCUCCUCAUGGUGUCCGUUUGCCGGGGACAGUUGUACCACCACCGCCGUGCCGCAUUUGUGCGGCCUAGACGGACAUAUGGCUCCAUCAACCUGAGGAUGAAGCAGCUGGCGACAGGGGAGGAUGCGGAGGCGUCGGCUGCAGCGGAACCAGGAGAUGUCGCCUUGCCACACGGUGAUUGAGACCACCGCUCAAUGGCGGGCAGCCUCAAAAGCACACAUGCUGCGGAUGCUAAUCAGCUAAAAGCACAAUUUAAGAUCUGCUUCGCUCAUUGGCCGAGAGAGUGAACCGUCCAAUCACGGUGUGACAUCACUUCCUGUGCAGGUAAUGACCUACACCAGCAAUGUAGAGAGAUUUCAACAGAGGGAGCUAUUAGAGUGAAGGAAGUAAGCAUUUUAUAUGCGCAGCAUAUUUUCAUUAUUUGAAUAUGUAAACAUUUGUGUCAUGUCCGAGUACAAGAAGCCUUAAACGAGUAAACACACUGUAACGUGUACCGUACUCUUAACUGAAUGUUUGUGUGUACAUACAGU